GCCGGGGAGAGAUGACUUCAAGGUACCAGGCGGACUGGAUCCCUUACAGUGUUCUGGAUGAUGAGGGCAGUACUUUGCGUCAGCAGAAGCUUGACAGACAGCGAGCAUUGCUAGAACAGAAGCAGAAAAAAAAGCGCCAGGAGCCAUUAAUGGUUCAGUCCAAUGUGGACAGUCGCACAAGAACGCGCAGAAUGAAACAUUCGGAAGAACAAGCACCACUGGUUGAAUCAUAUCUUAACAGCAACAGCAGCGCCAUAUAUCAUGUGCAGGAGGCUGAACAGGAAGAUGUAAAGGUGGUAGUGGAUGUCCAAGCUCCGAAACCAACGAAAAAAAACAAGGCAGCAGCUGCCAGCUGUCAGACUGGCAACGCCAGAAAGGAGAAGAAAGGGAAACACAAAGGAAUUGAUGGCCCAGCUGCUUUUCAAGAGGAUGUUCAGAAGAUAGGAAGUCAAGUGCAGAUUCUCACUGUUGGACAAUCGAGCCAUGAUGAAGACGAUGAAGAGAAAAUGGCUAGCAGCCAACAACAGCAGAACAAACAGGAUCUUAGAACAGCAUUGCAGAAAAAGGGCAUUUCAAGCAGCAUGAAUUUUGAUGAGGAAGAGGAUGAGGAAGAUGAAGACAGUUCCAGUUCUUCACAGUUAAACAGUAACACUCGGCCCAGUUCUGCCACGAGCAAGAAGUCCAAUAAGGAAGCAGCCUCAGCCCCUAGUCCUUCCACAAACGAGCCUCUCAUACACGUUGAUGACCUGGAGGAAUUUGCUGUAAGACCUGCACCCCAGGGUAUCACCGUCAAGUGCAGAAUCACGAGAGACAAGAAGGGAAUGGAUCGAGGGAUGUACCCUACUUAUUACCUCCACUUGGAAAGGGAGCAUGGUAAAAAGGUGUUUCUGUUAGCUGGAAGGAAACGAAAGAAGAGCAAAACCUCUAAUUACCUCAUCUCCAUAGACCCAACUGACCUGUCCCGGGGUGGAGAGAGCUUUAUUGGAAAACUGAGAUCAAAUCUUAUGGGAACCAAGUUUACAGUUUAUGACAAUGGAGUAAAUCCAGUGAAAACAACAGCAAGCCUGGAGGCGAAUAUCCUACGUCAGGAGCUAGCUGCUGUUUGUUAUGAAACAAAUGUCUUGGGAUUUAAAGGACCUCGCAAAAUGAGUGUGAUCAUCCCAGGAAUGAAUAUGGACCAUGAAAGAGUUUCCAUCAGACCACGGAAUGAACAUGAGACACUUCUUUCAAGAUGGCAGAACAAAAACACCGAGAGUGUCAUUGAGCUGCAUAACAAAACUCCUGUCUGGAACGAUGACACCCAGUCCUAUGUUUUAAAUUUCCACGGUCGAGUCACACAGGCCUCAGUGAAGAACUUCCAAAUUAUUCAUGAUAAUGACCCCGACUACAUCGUGAUGCAGUUUGGCCGCGUGGCCGAGGACGUGUUCACCAUGGACUACAACUACCCCAUGUGCGCGCUACAGGCCUUCGCUAUCGCCCUUUCCAGUUUCGACAGCAAGCUGGCUUGUGAGUAAGGGGCUGCGGGAGAGCCUCCUCUCGGAGAAGGCCUCGUGCCCUGAGAUUCCCAAUUCCUGCUGGGGUCACUGACGGUCCGUACUGAACAGGUCAGGGAAAAUGCAGUUCUGGAGGACUACUGUGUUGCUGGGGAGAAAAUAAAAAGAAUCUUUUUAAAAAUUCAGGACAUUCAGGAAAUAAUGUUUUCCUUUUUUCUGUCAUAUUUUUCUGAAAGUGGCAUCAAAUUUGUGUAAAUAGAAGUCCUAUCCUGUGUUCUUGGUUAUGCUAUGGAGAUGUGCCAUGAUGUACUGUAGCGUGGCUCUAGUAGCACCCUUAUAACGGGGUGUCUUUUCUAAACCCAGAGGGCGUGCUUUCAAAACAUUUCUUUUUACAUUUAAGAAUUAUUCCAAGGCUGCAGUCAUACCUCAAGGUUGCAUUCCUGCAUUGGAUAAUAAGAGCUUCACAUCAUCCAACGUAAAAGAAAGAUCACAACAAAGAUGCACUUUUUUUUGAAUUUGCAAGGAUCUGGUGUAGCAUAAACCAAGCCUGAGGGUUGGAAACCUGAACUGGACUGAACUUGAUGCGUUGCCGUUGUAUCUGUAGAAGGGCGUGGUGAGUUUUAAUUGCAGUAGGAGGAACUGGAGAAGUAGAAAGCACAAAAUAACGUUGCACAAGUCACUUGAAUUCUGAGUUGUCAUUAUGUUUUAACAUCUACAUGUUUUUAAUUUGUUUAAAAUGAAAAUGUGUAGGGAGUACAGCAAAGGAAAACUCUGUAGAUGCCAAGAAAGCCUAACUUCUGUUGAAUUUGGCAUGUUGCUUGUUGGGAAUUUAUAUCCUUGUAUUGCUGUGGCAAUUGAAAUGCCUAUUUUGUAUGAUACGAAGUGAUAUGAAAAGUUAGAUAAAGGCUGUCUGCACAGAACCUUAUUU